AUGUCCGAUUCUUGGUGUCCACGCGCGUGGGCGACACUACCUCGCAUCCUCCUUGUCUUCAGUCUCUCGCUUUCACAUCUGUCCAUCACUUCCUUCGCUCAACCCGCCCAGCUGCAGUACGAAGAUUGCUUCACAAGCAGCAAUACCAGUCUCAAGUUUGAUAUCUCCCAUGUCUUUGCUCAAGUCCUUGAGCAGUCUUCGGGUGGGAGGUAUAUGAACCUCACCGUUCUUGGAGUGACGCCGGAGGUCAUCCCAGCAUCUGCGGAAGACGGCAACACUACGCAUAGCUAUGCAAUAGCGACUCUUUUUACGACAACCGAGAUGCUGACGUUCAAUGUCCUGAAUAAUGGCUCCAUUUUCUGCGAUACAUUGCGCCCACCAUCGCCGCUUCCUGCGCCCUCGAAUACCAGCGACGAUAAAAACUACUGCCCGUUUGCCGCUGGUCCGUUCGCGUUCUCUACGUCGAUCCCACUGCCGUCAAAUUACGAACUCGCGACGUUUGACACCAGACUAUAUGCGUUGGAUCCUUGGCAACACAUGCUUUUCUGUAUGAAUCUAAACACGACAAUCUUGGAUCCAGGUCCGGUUGGAUCUGUCUACGGCCAUGCACAUAUCAUCUUCUGGGUGACUGUCGGCUUGGCGAUCGCUUACUGGUUGGUCGUUGGUAUCGCACGACUAGCCUCUGCGUGGGGCAGAGGCUCGACAAGGGUUGGAACUGGCACUUGGGCUCGGGUGGAGAGCGCUGGCUUCAUUCUUGCCAGUGCGAUUAGUGGGGAGCGUCUUGCAGGUUCUCCCGCGCUCAUGCGAUUUUGUACGCCAUCGUUAAGGGACAUAAUCUUCCACACUCAAUGGUGUGCGGCGUUGGCAAUGGUGGCAGUACAAUGGCCGACCUUCAUUUAUCCAAUACUGGUGCAAACAGCUUGGUCCACCCUAUCGUACAACAUCACAAUUUCGCAGGGCUCGACGGGAGCGCACGAGCGGUGGAAUCCACUUACAGUGCCAUUAUAUGCUCCACCUUCGAAUUUUGCAGACCAACUCAGCAACUCGUCCUCGCCUAUCUACAUUGAUGCCGACGUACCAAACGUUAUAUUCCAAUUGCCGACUGACGCUACCAGCGGAUUAUCAUCUUUUGCUUGGACCAUUGGCGUUCGACCACAAGAUCUGUUUGGUAUAUGUUUAACCCUGUUUCUGUCCAUCAUAGGCGGCACGGUCGUACUGAGCGUCCUCGUAUGGGGUCUGGAUUGGAUCAUCUCGCUUCUCAUCCACGGUGACUCUCAAUCCUCCAAUGGUUUAGCUGGAACCCGGAGUCCUCGCUACUCAGCCGGCAGCAAGGAUCUACUGGAUGGUGUCGGUCAAAUACCGUCGGACGAGAAUCGAUCGCUCAAUAGCCACUUCCUGUUCCGUUCCGCAUUCUUCCCUUCUGGUCGUCCUUGGUGGCGAUUGCGGUCAAGCUUCAUAUCGUACCACAGCAGUAUCCUACAGGGAAACCUGGUUCGCAUUCUUAUCUGGUUUCAUUUGCCAGUUACCAUCUUCUCUUGCUACCAGAUGACAAUGGGCCGUCAGAAUGCAUCUCUUGGGUCUAUCGUCCUUGCAGCGAUAUCCUUUGCUGUCUUCUCGGUGCUCAUUCCUAUCUUCCUUGUCGUUCGACUCACCACCACCAACACGACGAAGCUCUACGAUGAAACUUGGACAUUGCUGUCCCUCGGGCCGCUUUACAAUCAUUACAGACAUGGAUCACAGCUGUUCGCCUGUAUUCUGUUUGCGACUAAUAUCGCUUUUGGCGUUACAAUCGGUUGCGGGCAGAAGAGUGGCACAGCUCAGGCCAUCGUCAUACUAGUUGUCGAAGUCGCAUCUGCGCUUGGAACCAGCGUUUGGCUGCCUUGGGGCCAAGGCGCCAGCAUGGGACUCAUCAGCUUCUUGUUCUGCGUCGCAAGGAUAGUCAUCGCGGUACUCCUCGUCAUCCUGACGCCCAUUGUUUCCGUUGAAUCGGGGGCCGCACAAUGGAUAGCAUAUGCCAUCCUAUGUAUCCUCGGCUUGAUAUAUCUUGCUCUUUUCUUGAUACUCGUUGUGAAACUGCUAGAGGGUGUUCUCAGAAUUUCCGGGCGCGUUGGGUUCCACCGGAGCAAGCAUGCCGUCGAUAGUGGUCUUUUGGGCACGCUAGGCCUCCUGGGAUGCUGCUCUUCACGUCGACCGCAUCAUUCACGCCGGUCGCGUGCUUCCCCGGCUCAGAUUCCGAAGCAGCCGUCCACCAUUCCUCUGACACGACCUACCCCCGGCUUCAGAGAUAUCACACCGACUGGCUCCACUCAAUCUGGUCCCCCGUCCGUGCUGCGGCCCGAACACGCUCUACAACCAUACAAGGAAGACAGCGACGAGGACACUGGGUAUAUCAUGGGUGCAUGGCAGCCGUUUGUAGGCCCUGGGUACAGCCCCGUCGACGACACCCCACGACAAGAACCCCCUAAGUCUGGCUUCGCUCGCGUCGGUGGAGGUCGUGCUCAUUUCGAAUCCCCGUACGCCAUCGCUUCUGGCUCCACGCACACUUUCCCUUCUGUUGAGCGUAACGUGCCCACAAGUCAUCUCGCGUCAACAUCCCUGCCAGUGGAGUACUCGCCACCGCCCACACCGUCUGUGUCAAGUGUCGCGAAAAGACCUGAUGUCAGCCUACUCCCGCCAGGCGCUAUGCCGCCCGCGCAUAUCCGGACGAAAUCGCAGACCGCUAUCAUUGAGGACGCAUCUGCCCUUUUGGCCAGCAGCGACGGACGGAACGGUGCUGUGGGCACCACCGAUGAUGCACCUACCCAGAGGAAGCGGUGGUACAAUCGACGGAAGAGUCGCCGCAUGAGCGAAGGGGAUCUCAUGGCUAUGGCGGACAAACCACCCAGUUCGGAGCCCGGCCGAUCAUUUGUCGUCGUCAGGAAGCAAAAACCUGGCGUUUCUCCGAAGGAUGCAUCGGGAUCAUCCAGCGCCGCCGCCGAGCCCGAGCGCAAGUCAUUCACUGUGUUGCGGGGCAACAACUCCGAGUCGCAAGCGAUGUCGUAG